AUGCGCACCGAGCCAGGUCCGCACGAUGUCGUGCGCAUCGAGUACGACCCGGGACGCUCGGCACACAUCGCGCUCAUCAAGAACCGCGACGCGAGCGUGGACGGCAGAAAGGCAUGGAGCUACAUCCUCGCCUGCGAUGGCCUGCGCGCGGGGCAUGUCGUGCAGAGCUUCCGCCAGGGCAUCCCGGAUGGCUUGGUCCCCGGCUACGUCGACUCAAGGAACCUGCGCGGCAAGGCGCUCGAGGUCCCGGAGGAGGCCUUGCAGGCCUCGCAGUCCUCCUCGACGUCCUCGCUUGCGCUAGGUAUGCUGCGUGCGUUGACCAUCAAGCCCGGAAACGUUCUCCCGCUCCGCCUUAUCCCUACCGGCACGAUCGUCCAUAACAUAGCGCUGGACCCCGAGGGUCGCGCCAUUCUUGUGCGCUCAGCGGGGGCAUUCGGGCAGAUAAUUGCCCACGAGGAUUCCGGGAGGUAUACGCAGCUGCGCCUGCAGAGUGGUGAGGUGCGGAAGGUGCUGCAGGAUUGUGUCGCGACCAUUGGAAAGGUCAGCAACCCGCUGUGGAAGAACCGGAAUUUAGGCAAGGCGGGUCGGAGUCGCUGGCUUGGACGCCGACCGCACGUCAGAGGUAUGGCAAUGAACAGAUGUGACCAUCCUCAUGGAGGUGGACGUGGAAAGUCAAAAGGAAACAAGCAGCCGCGCUCGAUCUGGGGCUGGUUGACGAAGGGCAAGCGGACGCGUAAACCUGGUCCCAAGGGGCCGAAGAAUAGUAAUAAAAUGGUGGUGCGCGAGAGGCCUCGGGGCAAGGAGAAACGCAGUAACUAG